AUGUUGAGAACAAGAAACUUGAUACCAAAGAAUACGUUUCUGAUAGAUGAUUCAGAUACAGAGGUUGAUUCCCCCAUAUUGGAACCCAUCACACCAACUAAAAAUAAGAAGAGAACGAGGAACGAUUCAGCAUCAGUUCUUCUCACACCUCCUCAAAGUGUCCCAAAGAAAAAGUUAAAGCUUGAACUUUCUGAAAAAGUCACUGUUGAAAAAGAAGAAGAAGAAGAAUCUUCUUAUGCUCCUCCAUCGCCUUGUGCUACUCCUCAACGAGCACUUUUUGGUAGAGAUUCCCUAUAUUCCCGUACCAAAGCUGUACUGCAAAGAUCGGCUGGGAUUCUAUCAAAUAAUGACGGUUGUUUGCCUACAAGACAAGCUCAGUAUGAAAAAAUCAUGGACUUCUUAAAUACAAAUAUCAAGAGCCACACUAGUAAUUCACUUUACCUGACGGGCCCACCUGGGACAGGAAAGACUGCACAAGUGGAUUCCAUCCAAAGAACACAUUUGUUACCUGAAUGUCCGCGAUCCAUGAAAUCAACGGGAUCAUCUUCUCAUCUUCUUCAUAACCAAUCGUAUUUUCAACUCUCAAAUGGUGAUGUAGAAACAGUAUCCCUUUCUUCCAUCAAUUGUAUUGCCCUCAAUGAACCUUCUCAUAUUUUUACCAAGAUCUUUGAAUCUUUCUCUAAUGACGAAAAGUACCCUCAUCCUGUCACCACAAUGAGUGACUUGCAGCAAUUUUUGGAAUUAUUCCCUCAAUCAAGGACGUUCAUUGUAGUAUUAGAUGAAAUGGAUAAGCUAGUUCGUUCAUCCACAAAUUCUACACAUUCGACAAAGACAAUUUUUGAAUUAUUCCUACUUAGUAAAUUGCCCUCGAUUAACUUCCUCUUAAUCGGAAUAGCUAAUAGUUUAGAUAUGACUGAUAGAUUCUUAUCACGUUUGAACCUAAGACAAGAUUUGAUGCCAGAGACCAUUGUGUUCCAACCUUAUUCUUCAGAUGAGAUGUAUCAGAUUAUUAUGAAUAGGAUUAAUUUAGUGGACUCAACGGAUUGUGUAUUCAAUCCAAUGGCAAUUAAAUUUGCUGCAAAGAGAUGUUCUGGUAACACCGGUGAUUUGAGGAAAUUAUUUGAUGUUUUGAAGAGUAGUAUUGAAGUGGUUGAGUUACAAGUACUAGCUAAUUUGAAAAAAAAUAAAGCAAGUGAUGUUAAAAUUGUCAAGAUUGGUUUACCCCAUGUGGCAAAAGUCUUUUCUCAAUUUAUGAAUAUUUCGUCAACAAGAUCUCGUAUUAAUAAAUUGAAUAUGCAACAACGUAUUCUUUUAUGCUCUCUUGUACAUAGACAAAGGACUGAUAUUUUCCAAAGUCAUUGUUCAUUAGACGAUGCAUACGAUUAUUAUGUGAAAUUACUAAGGAGGAAGGAUUCAUUAACUCCCUUAAAACGUAAUGAAUUUCUAGACAUUUGCAAUGCUCUUGAGACAUGUGGUGUGGUAACCAUUUUCACGGGUAAAUCAUCGGGAAAGACAAAACAUUUAGUGAAAAUGGUAAAAGCAACUAUAGAUGACAAAGAGUUUGAUGACGAAAUUUCCAAGUCAGAUUUACUGAAGAGCUUCUUAAAGGAUUAG